AAUCCGGCCGAGCUCGGAAAGUUCAAUGUUCAUCUAUCUUUUUGUACCGCAGAUACAUCGAACUUCAAUGGUACUGCGAUUGAAGACAUGGUGAGACAACACGGUAGUCUGGAAAAGGACGAGGAGACAAACCAGGCAGCUUGGGAGGCGGCAAGGGGUGCGCUGAUAGGUGGGACUAAGUGGGGUGCCUUCUUCGCCGUAGCAGGCGGUGUCGCAUACGCCUUCUCCCCUCUCUACCGGGGUCUCACAAUCCAAUUCCGAACAUACAUUCAGAUGUCGGGCAUGAUUCUCGGGGGCAUGCUUGAAGCAGACAAGCGCAUGAUAAACUACCAACACCGCGUCAGACACCACAAGCGACUGGCAAGAGACAUGGAGAUUUGGAGACGAUACGAGGAUUCGUAUGAGGAGAGAGGGACGCCGGGAGUGGGUGCUGAGAGUGAAGUUCAUGGGCCCGGGGGAAAGGGGGAGUAGGCGUAGUUGGUGUCUAUACUUUUAUGGAAAUUUUCUUGAGUUGCCGUAGCUUACGAGUCCUGAUUUCGCGGUGCAGGUUGUAGAGGAGUAGGCGAAGAAGACGAAGGUAGGGACGUUGAGGUGGGUGGGAGAUGCUCCUCUGUUGAGUAUCAGUGAGUGUAUUGUAAAAAUAUUGAGGGUGGAAGAAUGAUAUUUAUACCGU